CUUUGCGGAUUUGUCUACUCGAAAUGUAGUCAUCAGUGAAUUAAACGCAUAAAUAUUCGCUCUAGAUGUUAAUCAGUCGCUGUAUGAGUGCGAAGUUGUUAUGAGAUGAAGGAUAAUGGUAUCGAGAAGAGACUAGAUUAUUCGCAAACUGGUAGCAUGUAUAAAAAUUGAGAAUGGCAUAUGUUAAUAGCACCUACUUGAAGACCCCCACUGCAUUGGAGCAACUGCUGGAAGAAAUAAACUUCCAGAGGACGAAGGAAAUGAGGCAAUUACUAAAGGAUGAUUCUGGUUUUGUCAUGCUUCAGGGGACGACGUAUUGGACGGACCUUUUCGUACGGCACUUUUUGUUCCAGAAUGAAUCUACUAUCGAUUGCGACGAUCUUCUCUUCUUCGUUAGGAAGAAACACGUCAAGGGCUCUCCUAGGUAUCUGCCAAAGUUCGAGACUGAAGUAGAUGUUUUCCGCAAAGAUAGCAGAAAACUUCCCAUAGGUGACCCGGACAUUGACUGGGAAGAAACAGUCUAUCUAAAUUUGAUUAUUCAUCAAUUCGAAUACACUCUGACCCUGGCGAUAUGUACGCGCACCAGUCCGAAGGAGUUGCAAGUAUUAAAACGACAUUCUCAGAAAGUAUACGCAUCUCCAAGCAGACGACGGAUGGACACCAAGGGCGAUGUGGAGGAGAUGACUUAUCCACAUAUCUGCUUCAUGGUGGACAACUUCGACGAGGUCUUUCAAGACAUUUUAGUCAGGGAUGGUGAAAUGGUGUGCGUGGAGUUGGUUGCGGCUGAUAAGGUGGGGACCGUUCAAGGUGUGAUUUUCUUGGGCUCGAUCAGAUACGAUGCUUUAAAAAAAGUAUAUGACGCUAGGCAAUCAAGUUUAGGCACAAAAAUGGCACAAAGGAUGACCUUUGGUCUUUUUGCAAACUCGACUGCGCAACGAUGCGAGUUUGUGAGGAUGAAAGGACCCCAGGGAAAAGGUCAUGCGGAAAUGGCGGUCACCAAGCCGAAAGGUUCAGGAGUGGAAACUCCUACGUCGGAGCCUGGUUUUUGCGCCACCGAUAUGUGGGAUUCGGAUUGGGAGGACGACGCGGAAGACUUCUAUAUAUACAGGUCACAAAGAAGACUUAGUGAUCCCAGCGCCAACAUAAAUAACUUUGUUAGAGGGGGAUGGAGAACAAAACUGGACGUGAAGGCAAGAUCUGAAAGCGAAGGUCUCGAUUGUUUAGAUAACGGAGUAAGCGAAAUUGAGGCUGGUGACCUAAGAGACGGCCACAACGGUCCUGCUUCCACAUCCAAAUCCACUUGCUGCGGGUGCUUUAGAAGACGAAAACGGAACUCCAUAAUCCUGCUUGAAUUAUACAGCAGGCCACCAUGCGUGAACCCCCAGAAAUGCGCCCUAAAAGCCCCGCUGGGACCACCCGAUAAUAAAUGUGAUUGCACAUCUCAAAUAAACAACCUGCUUAAUCAAUCCGAUUACGAAAUCGGAAAGGAGAAGACGAAAAAAACGAAAUCGAAGAAGAAAGUCAAGGAAGUCAAAGUGAAUGUUAACAAAUUCGCGACUGAAUUUGAGUUUGCCGAUGACGCAAUCAGUCUGAAUAGCGAGUCGAUGGAUGAAAGGCCUCCCAGCAGAGCUUCCAUAAAGAGUAAUACUUCAUUGGAGAAAAGUACCAUUGAGUGUCCAUAUGUGACGGUUAACGGGAAGGAGGAGCUGCCUUGUGUACAUGAAAUUAAGAAAGUUCGCAUAUCUAACAAUAUAUCGCCUAAAAAAGAAGCAACUUUAAACACAAAGACUGACAAACAACAAAUAGAGAUUCGUGUAAAUAGUUGUGUAAAUAGAACGAAUGAUAAUAGCGAGCAAGUGUUUAAUAAAAACUUCGAUGGCAACUACAAUAAAGUAUCUGUGAAUAACGUGUAUGGUUAUUGCACUCUGCCGAAGAAUGUAAAAAAAAUUGCCACCACCGGCGAUAAGAUUCUUUUGUACAAAAAUGUGAUGCCACCAAAGAGGGUUACUCCCGAUGGUACUAAUAUUUACUACUGGUGUGAUAUUAAUAAAAAGGAAAGCAAUGAGCUAGGAGAUGGUGCGUAUAAUCCGCUUUGGACGAUGCGCGGGUUUACACAAACCUUCCAUUUCUGGAAAGAGAAUAAAAGGGCACAGUCGGUACCGUUAAAUGCCUUUCUGACCUACGUGACCUUGCCUUGGUGGAGUAUAGCAAAAGAUAUUCUGGACCAUAGGGAAGGACCCAUCCUUACAUUUUAGGCCCAGAUUAAUUUAUUUUAAGGCGACAUCGGAACUGAAGUCUUGUACGGACUAUUUUAUACGGAUUUACGUUUUUUGGAAGUUCUGUCGCAUUGGUUGACUGUUGUUUUGUUGUUACCUAUUGAUCAUAAAUUGUGGAAGGGGAAAUAAUUAGUAACUCGAGCGUAUUCUACCCAUUUUAAAAUAUCGAUUUGCUACCAAAGCGGUAAUUUUUAUUGUUCUCCGAUAUUUCAUAGAAAUUGAUAUUAAAAACGAAAAUAAAGAUGUGGUUAACUUUUCAAGCUUUUUUUUUUAAUUGCGAUUUCAUUAAUACUAACAUCUCACAAGAACCCAUUCAGCUAUGCAGCUAGACAGUCGCUAGGCAUUCUACUCUCAAAGAUAUUACGUUUUACUUAUCCUCGAUUUAUGCGAUACCUCA